UAUAAGCCAACUCUUCCCCUCUCCUUCCUCCUCGUUCUGCAGGUCCCAAGACGGUGAGCGUCUUCCAUUGCGUGCAAGCACGUCGCUUUUGCCUCUCUCUCCCUCCGCGGUUGGCCGCCUCCGAUCUGGUAGCCAGCCGCCUCCGUCGUGUUUCUUAGGCGGAGUGAUUUCCGCGGCCGGCGACUUGUGUUCGCCUUCCAUUGAGGUGAAUCGAGAUCUGAGAGACGAGAAGGCUCGGAAUCUCUAUUUCUGUGAGAGAGAAUCUUAAGUUUGUACGGAGAUGUCGUUGGAGAGCGAGCGGAAGUCUUCGGCGGUGUCGGAUAUGGGGGCUUGGGCGAUGAAUGUGAUCAGCUCCGUCGGAAUUAUCAUGGCGAACAAGCAGCUCAUGUCUUCUUCUGGUUUCGCCUUCAGUUUCGCGACGACGCUUACCGGAUUUCAUUUUGCGUUGACGGCAUUGGUGGGUUUGGUCUCGAACGCUACUGGAUUGUCGGCGUCGAAGCAUGUCCCGAUGUGGGAGCUUGUCUGGUUCUCCAUUGUCGCCAACGUCUCCAUUGCUGCCAUGAACUUCAGUCUCAUGCUUAACUCUGUCGGCUUCUACCAGAUCUCGAAGCUAAGCAUGAUUCCAGUGGUCUGUGUCAUGGAAUGGAUCCUCCACAGCAAGCAGUACUCCAAAGAAGUGAAAGUAUCAGUUGUGGUUGUCGUCAUAGGUGUUGGCAUUUGCACUGUGACUGAUGUCAAGGUUAACGCCAAGGGUUUCAUUUGCGCCUGCAUCGCUGUUUUCGCCUCAUCUUUGCAACAAAUUUCGAUAGGUUCCCUGCAGAAGAAAUACUCUAUCGGGUCUUUUGAGCUGCUAAGCAGGACUGCACCAAUUCAAGCUAUUUCCCUCCUUGUUCUUGGACCCUUGAUAGAUUACUUACUCAGCGGUAAAUUCAUAAUCAACUACAAGAUGUCAUAUGGUUGCAUUCUAUUCAUCAUUCUCUCAUGUGCCCUAGCUGUGUUCUGCAACAUAAGCCAGUACCUCUGUAUCGGGCGAUUUUCCGCUGUUUCCUUCCAGGUCCUAGGCCACAUGAAAACCGUGUGCGUCCUCACGCUGGGGUGGCUUCUCUUCGAUUCGGCAAUGACCUUUAAGAACAUAAUGGGCAUUGCUCUGGCUGUCGUCGGGAUGAUAAUAUACAGUUGGGCAGUGGAAGUUGAGAAGCAGUGUAAUGCCAACAAGGCCUUGAACAGUGUGAAACACAGCUUGACAGAAGAAGAAUUCCAGCUCCUAAAGGUAGGUGUAGAGACCAAACCAUUGAACGAUGUUGAGACUGGGCAGUCUAAAGCUUAGGGCAGGAUUCAGUUUGCACCUUAUACAAGACAUACAGAUACAGGUACUUUUGUUCCCUUUGUUCUGCCUUAGUGUGUGUGUAUCGUUUUUUUUUUUUUGCGGUAUUUAUACAGAUCCGUGGCUUCUUCCCGCUCCCCAUAGUUUGUUACCGUAGUUUUACAAGAUUCCCGAUCCGUAUCUGAUUCGUUUUCUUCGUGUACUUGCCUUAAUCCUUGACCAUUAUAAGCUGGGGACUUGAUCAUACACUCAUUUUUAUGACAUAGAUGUGGAUGCAUGCAUGCCACAUUGUAAUGUGUUGGAAUGAUAUACAAGGUCUUUAGGUGAUUGAGCA